GGGCCGCACGCCGGCACGGACACGCGGCUCAUCGUCAAGCUCAAGCCGCCCGUGGAACUGCUGCGCACCGUGCUCAAGUCGGACCGGCAGUUCCACAACGAGAUACACGCGUACCAGAACGUGGUGCCGUUCCUGUUCGAACACCUGCCCGAGGGGGCCCGCGGUCCCGCGCUGCCCGUGUUCGUGUACGGCCGCAACGAGUGCGGCGCCCGUUGGUCGGAGGACGUCAUCGUGCUGGAAGACCCGCGCGGCCACGGGUACGUGCCCGCCCGCUCCCCGGAAUACGGCGGCGGCGGCUGCGGUAGCGCGCACAUGGACUACGGGCACCUGGCCGUGGCCAUCGCCGCGCUCGGCCGGUUCCACGGCAUGUCGUUCACCGCCAAGCAGAAGAACCCCGUGGCGUUCCGCAAGCUGGUGGGCAACCUGCGCGAGAUCCAGUGGGACGAGGACGGCUGGCUGGUCAAGGGCAACGGGCUCAAGUCGAUGAGCAUGCGCGGCGCCCGGCCGCUGAUGGACCAGGAAAAGUAUCGGGACGGCAAGCUCAAGGGGUUCCUAAGCAUGAUCCGGGAGGCGGACCGCAACCUCAAGCUGGCGAUGACGCCCAAAGAACCGUUCGCGGUCAUAUGCCACGGCGACUACUGCAAGCCCAACAUACUGUUCGAGUACGACGACGCCGGACAGCCAAGGGACGCCAUGAUCACCGAGUUCACAGCCGUCAGGUACGGUUCACCCGGACUAGACUUGUCGUACUUCCUGUACAAGAACGCGGACAAAGACGUGCAGGACAACCGGUGGGAAGACCUGUUGGCCGUGUACUUGGAAUCCGUGGCGGCCGUGCUGCCGGCAGACGUCAUGGCGCCCACCGCAGAGCAGCUGCACCACGAGCUCAGGUUCCACGCGCUAUAUGGUUACGCGCACCUGUUGUUCGCCGUGCCGAACAUGAUCAACGACAACCCACGUGGCCUGUUGGACAUCGACAACGACGACGACAAGACAACCGUCGAAGACCUUCUGGUAGCCCGGAUCGACGCGGCCGACGAGAAAAUCAACGAAAUCCUUUCCGGUACCGUCCGACACAUCAUCGACCACGGUUACGCAGAACAAUACGAGUUUUCGAGCAAUUCCCGUAUAUAGGACGAAAAUCCAAAUGGAAUGUGGAGUUCCUCCACCACUCCACAUUUUCACGUCAGUUUUGACGUUAUGUAUAUAAUAUAAUAUAAUAUUAUUAUUAAGGUUAUUCAAUUUAUUUUAUUUUAUUUUUUGCUUAUUGGAACUUAGCUUUCCUAACAGAAAGUAUAUAACGAAGAAUUCAAUUUCGAAUUUUUAAUUUUAUAGGUCAUUGUUUUGUUAUCUUAUUGUAUUCCAUGAUGAUAUUUUUAUAAAUUUCUUUCAAUUCUCUUGUUUUAAUCACACGUUAUGAAUUAUUAUCAAUUUAUUACAUGUGCCGCACUUAUAUUAAUUAAAUUAUAUAUAAGACCGAAUAAUUAAUAUGGCGUAUAAAGGGGAAUUUGUUUUUAGCUUUUUGUAAAACAAAUGAGGUUUCUUAACUGAAAGUUUGUAACAACAAACUUUAUUUUUAUUUUUUGUUUCUGUUUUAAUUCAUCUACAUCAGUCGUUUUUCUUUCCUUUUUGUUGUAUUUCAAAAUGACAUUUUGCGAUAUUAAUUGUAUUUAAUAAAUAUUUAUAGUGCAUUCACAGUCCUAAUUAUUAUUAUUUUAUCAGACCUGAGCAAUAUUUUCCAGGUACGAAAUCGUUUCCUUUUGUUUUUCGUGAUAUUCAAUUCAUGAAAUACGUUUCGACCUUACCGCCUUCAUAAUGUUAUCACCUUCUCAGACUGUUUUAUGUGAGCUUACCGAUGCGUUAAUUAUUCAGCUUUAGCCGGAACUUUUGUAAAAUUAUCGUCACUUGCCAGUCGGUGCCUACGUAUUAGAUUAUGGCGACUGCGUUGUUUCUUCUAGACUGUAUGAAGUUCACGUCUAUAAAUAUUGUCCCUCGUCUCAUCCCGUAUAAUUGGAUAUGAUUAUACUACGAUUGGUUUUUGUCCAAUCGCGUGCAAAUAAUUCAAUAUUUUAAUGUUUACCAGAGAUAGAAAAUAAUAAUAAUAAUAAAAAAAAACCUUCUCAAUUCAAUUAACCUGUAAAUUAUAAUACAAAAAUAUUCGUACUGCUAUUGUUUAUUCGGUGUAGGAUGGAAUGGGGGGGGGGAAAUACAAACAUAAAACAAUUUUUCUUCUGGAGCCCAUUCUCUCACACUGCAUUAUUAUUUACCGUUCGAUAUCGUGGAAAAACCGUGCUUCCCUCCCUUCCAGACUCCCCGCCACCAUACCCAAACAUCGUAGUGGUCCCGAUACCAUUUGCCCGAAUGGAUUUUCAGCCAUAUCCGAUUUUAACUGCGCCCUGGCGGCCAAUAAAUCUGAAUUUAACCGUAGUCCGCGCGCAUAAAACAUUUGUCGUUGCCGCCGGCUAAACGCGCAUUAACAACCCUUCACCUCCGCCGCAUGGGCCGUAAGUAAAUCGUAGUAUACCACGGUAACCACCACCGCCACCAUGCGACACCCCCGUCGUAACCACUGUCGUCCUGUCGCCGAUCCGCGUCCUUUCCGCCUACAUUACGCGUACGCGUGUCCUUUUACCUCCAUGAUGGCGCGACAGGACGGCGGCACCAGGACACCACUAGGUGUCGACCCAUCGGGUAUAUUAUAAUAAUUUAACCUGAUAUGGUUAACAGAUGUCGAUCGCUGUGCUUCACGUGUGUACAUGUGCUUGUUGGAGUGUGUGUGUGUGUGUAUCUUAUCGACAACCCGACAGGAGGCUAACAGGAUUAUAUUAUUAUUGUAAUGUUAUAUAGCAUUAUACGUACGUCGGAAAGUGAAAAUAAAUUUAAGCCGCAGUUUGUUUAAAGUUUUUUUUUCAAAUGGAAAAAAAUACGAGAGAAACGGAAAGUCGAUUUUCAUUCGCUAAUUGCCUCAUAACUCAAAACGACAGUAUUUUUUCCGAUACGCAUUUUGUAUAGGACUGGCAAUUUUUCAGACAAAAUCAGAACGGUAUUAUUAUAAAAUUAUUUUCUUAUUUCAGAAAGUCACUCCUAAUGUAAUUAGUUUUUGACGUUCAUCGAUUUUUCAAGAAAUAUAUUUCCUUUGUUACCA